CGGCCUGGGCAGUGUGGCAGGGUCGGGGAACAGCCUGGGCACGUCCCGGUCAGGUCGGGUCCGGUCCAUCCCGAUCCCCGUCCCGUCCCGGCCCUUCCCGGUCCAUCCCGCCCCGUCCCGGCGGCGCUGGAGCGGCCUCGCCUUCCCGUGGUGCAGCGCGGCCGCGGCCCCGCCGCGCCGCCAUGUUGUCGGAGUGAGCGGCCGGGGAGAGGCAGCGGCGAGCGGCCGGGGGGGGCCCGGCAUCCGUCUGCAUCCGAGCGCUCCGCCCGUGUUGGUGGAAUGAGCGUAGCGUGCGUUUUGAAGAGAAAAGCAGUUCUGUGGCAGGACUCGUUCAGCCCCCACCUGAAGCAGCACGCUCAAGACACAGCCAACCCCACCAUGCCUGUGGUACUGACAUCUGGCACAGGCUCGCAGGCUCAGCCACAGCCAGCUGCAAACCAGGCCCUUGCAGCAGGGACACACUCCAGCCCCGUGCCCGGAUCCAUAGGAGUGGCGGGGCGCUCCCAGGACGACGCCAUGGUGGAUUAUUUCUUCCAGAGGCAGCACGGGGAGCAGCUCGGGGGAGGAGGCAGCGGCGGCGGCGGCUACAACAACAGCAAACACCGCUGGCCCACCGGGGACAACAUCCAUGCAGAGCAUCAGGUGCGUUCCAUGGAUGAACUGAAUCACGAUUUCCAAGCGCUGGCUCUGGAGGGACGGGCUAUGGGAGAGCAGCUGUUGCCGGGUAAAAAGUUUUGGGAAUCUGAUGAUUCCAGCAAAGAUGGACCAAAAGGGAUAUUUCUGGGAGAUCAGUGGAGAGACAGUGCUUGGGGAACAUCAGAUCACUCUGUUUCCCAGCCAAUUAUGGUUCAGAGAAGACCUGGGCAGGGCUUCCAUGUGAACAGUGAAGUCAACUCUGUGCUGUCCCCACGGUCAGAGAGCGGAGGGCUGGGGGUGAGCAUGGUGGAGUAUGUGCUGAGCUCAUCUCCUGGAGACUCCUGCCUAAGGAAAGGAGCAUUUGGGCCAAGGGAUGCAGAGAGCGAUGAGAAUGACAAAGGGGAUAAGAAAAGCAAGGGCACGUUUGAUGGAGAUAAGUUGGGAGAUCUGAAGGAGGAGGGGGAUGUGAUGGAUAAAUCCAAUGGUUUGCCUGUUCAGAACGGGAUCGACGCCGAUGUCAAAGACUUCAGCCGCACGCCCGGGAACUGCCAGAACUCGGCGAGCGAGGUGGAUCUGCUGGGCCCCAACCAGAACGGCUCCGAGGGCCUGGCCCAGCUGGCCAGCACCAACGGGGCCAAGCCCGUGGAGGACUUCUCCAACAUGGAAUCCCAGAGCGUGCCCCUGGAUCCCAUGGAGCACGUGGGCAUGGAGCCGCUGCAGUUCGACUAUUCCGGCACUCAGGUCCCCGUGGACUCGGCUGCGGCCACCGUGGGGCUCUUUGACUACAACUCCCAGCAGCAGCUGUUCCAGAGGCCCAAUGCACUGGCGGUGCAGCAGCUGACAGCAGCCCAGCAGCAGCAGUACGCCCUGGCUGCUGCCCACCAGCCACACAUAGGAAUGUUUUCAGCAGGUUUAGCUCCCGCUGCCUUCGUUCCCAACCCCUACAUCAUCAGCGCGGCGCCUCCGGGGACGGAUCCCUACGCGGCCGGGCUGGCGGCAGCUGCCACCUUAGGUCCAGCUGUGGUCCCUCACCAGUACUAUGGAGUCACUCCCUGGGGAGUUUAUCCUGCCAGCCUCUUCCAGCAGCAGGCGGCCGCCGCCGCCGCCGCCACCAACUCAGCCAGCCAGCAGAGCACGCAGCAAACGCAGCAGGGCCAGCAGCAGGUGCUCCGUGGAGGAGCCAGCCAGCGUCCCCUGACUCCCAACCAGAACCAGCAGGGCCAGCAGACGGAUCCUCUGGUGGCCGCCGCCGCCGUCAACUCCGCGCUCGCCUUCGGCCAGGGGCUGGCAGCAGGAAUGCCAGGUUACCCAGUGCUGGCUCCUGCUGCUUAUUAUGACCAAACAGGAGCCCUCGUGGUCAACGCCGGGGCCAGGAACGGCCUGGGGGCUCCUGUGCGCCUGGUGGCUCCUGCCCCUGUCAUCAUCAGCUCCUCUGCAGCCCAGGCAGCUGUGGCGGCGGCCGCGGCGUCGGCCAACGGAGCAGCAGGAGGGCUGGCAGGGACCACCAAUGGCCCCUUCCGGCCCCUGGGCACGCAGCAGCCCCAGCCCCAGCCCCAGCAGCAGCCCACCAACAACCUGGCCUCCAGCUCCUUCUACGGCAACAACUCCCUGAGCAGCAACUCGCAGAGCAGCUCGCUGUUCUCGCAGGGCUCGGCCCAGCCCGCCAACACCUCGCUGGGCUUCGGCAGCAGCAGCUCCCUGGGAGCCACGCUGGGCUCGGCGCUGGGCGGCUUCGGCACGGCAGUGGCGAACUCCACCACGGGCAGCGGCUCACGCCGGGACUCGCUGACGGGCAGCAGUGACCUGUACAAGAGGACCUCGAGCAGCCUGACCCCCAUCGGGCACAGCUUCUACAAUGGCCUGGGCUUCUCCUCCUCCCCCGGGCCCGUGGGGAUGCCCCUGCCCAGCCAAGGCCCCGGCCACUCGCAGACUCCUCCUCCUUCCUUGUCCUCACAUGGAUCCUCCUCCAGCCUCAACCUGGGGGGGCUGACAAACGGCAGCGGCCGCUACAUCUCUGCGGCGCCGGGGGCGGAGGCCAAGUACCGCAGUGCCAGCAGCGCCUCCAGCCUGUUCAGCCCCAGCAGCACGCUGUUCCCGUCGUCCCGGCUGCGCUACGGCAUGUCCGACGUGAUGCCCUCGGGCCGCAGCCGCCUGCUUGAGGACUUCCGCAACAACCGCUACCCCAACCUGCAGCUGCGCGAGAUCGCGGGCCACAUCAUGGAGUUCUCCCAGGAUCAGCACGGAUCCAGAUUUAUUCAGCUGAAACUGGAGCGUGCCACCCCAGCAGAGCGUCAGCUGGUGUUCAACGAGAUCCUGCAGGCAGCCUAUCAGCUCAUGGUGGAUGUGUUUGGGAAUUACGUCAUUCAGAAGUUCUUUGAGUUUGGCAGCCUGGAGCAGAAGCUGGCGCUGGCAGAGCGCAUCCGUGGGCACGUGCUGUCCCUGGCCCUGCAGAUGUACGGCUGCAGGGUGAUCCAGAAGGCCCUGGAGUUCAUCCCCCCAGACCAGCAGGUAAUUAACGAGAUGGUUCGGGAGCUGGACGGGCACGUGCUCAAGUGCGUCAAGGACCAGAACGGGAACCACGUGGUGCAGAAGUGCAUCGAGUGUGUGCAGCCCCAGUCCCUGCAGUUCAUCAUUGAUGCCUUCAAGGGACAGGUGUUUGCUCUGUCCACGCACCCCUACGGCUGCCGGGUGAUCCAGAGGAUCCUGGAGCACUGUCUGCCCGAGCAGACCCUGCCCAUCCUGGAGGAGCUCCACCAGCACACGGAGCAGCUGGUGCAGGACCAGUAUGGGAAUUAUGUUAUCCAGCACGUCCUGGAGCACGGCCGGCCCGAGGAUAAGAGCAAGAUCGUAGCAGAAAUCAGAGGCAACGUGCUUGUGUUGAGUCAACAUAAAUUUGCCAGCAAUGUGGUGGAGAAGUGUGUGACGCACGCGUCGCGCACGGAGCGGGCCAUGCUCAUCGACGAGGUGUGCACCAUGAACGACGGCCCCCACAGUGCCUUAUACACCAUGAUGAAGGAUCAGUACGCCAACUACGUGGUGCAGAAGAUGAUCGACGUGGCAGAGCCAGCCCAGAGGAAGAUUGUCAUGCACAAGAUCCGGCCCCACAUCGCCACGCUGCGCAAGUACACCUACGGCAAGCACAUCCUGGCCAAGCUGGAGAAAUACUACAUGAAAAACGGGGUGGAUUUGGGGCCCAUCUGCGGCCCUCCCAAUGGCAUCAUCUGAGCAGGGGCUGCUCCAGAGGCACUCCAGGAUCCCAGGAAUCCACCCCAGAACCCACCCACACCACCCGCCACGGUUGCUAAAAAAACACAAACAAACAAAACCCACAAAAAAAAAAAAACAAGCAAAGAAAAGCAGAAAAAAAAAACACAAAAAAAAAAAAAGAGAAGCCUUUGUAAAUUUCUUUAAUUUUAUUAUGCAUAACAUGUACUAAUUAUUUUUUUUAAUUAACUAAUUGCCCUGCUGUUUUACUGGUGUAUAGAAUUCUUGUACAUAGGUCUCAGAUGUACAUGGAAGGCCACAUUUUUGUUCACUGUUGUAUCUAUAUUCCAAAUGUGGAGACUUUCAGGGUGGUUGGUUCGAAGACAACAAACAAAACAGGAAAAAAAACCCCGUUUUUAAUUCAUCCUUUUUUGCAAAUACCUUUUUUUGGGGUUUUUUUUCCUCCUUUUAGCCCAAAAAUCAGUGAGAAGUUGGAAUUUUAGUUCAGUGACACCACUGGUAGUAAUACUAAAAAGAGAAAAAUUCAACUUGCUAAAGUUAGGUUUUAAACAAAGACACCAAAAUUCCGAUUUUGGGACUUUUUAAUGGCUUUAUUUCUAUUUUAUUUUGACUGACAUGCUGAAGGAGGGAGCUUAGCUGGCGUUUUGAGAAAAUACCCAGAGUUUAUCUAAAAGUGGAGGAUUUUUAGGGUUUUUUAUGCCCACUCCUCUGUUCAUCUGGAGAGACACAAUUUGAUUAUUUAGCAUGAGGAAAAACAAAAAAAUCCAACUCGGCUUUGGUCUUGCUUCUAUAAAUAUAUAGUGUAUACUUGGUGUAGACUUUACAUAUAUAAAAAUUUGUAGUAUUUUCUUGUUUUGAUGUCUGAUCUGUAUCUAUAAUGUACCCUAGUAGUGGAACAUACUUCUGACUGUACAAUUGUACAUUUGUAAACCUCUGUAAUGUAAAUGUGGAGAAGUUUGAAUCGACAUAAAACCCGUUUUUUGGUAAGAAAACAGGAAAAAAAAAAGAAUUUAGCAAAACCUGUGCAUUUCAGUGUAUAUUCACACCUUUUAUGGUCGUAGCAUAUAGUGUUGUAUAUUGUAAAUUGUAAUUUCAACCAGAAGUAAAUUUUUUCUUUUGAAGGAAAUGUUCUCUUUAUACAGCCUAGUUAAUGUUUAAAAACAAAAAAGGAAGAAAAAUAAACUGCUUGGUUUUAUUUGUCACCUAGUUGGACGGUAGAGAUCCUUUCUAAAUGUUCUACAGACCUGAUUCAGUUCCAAAUAGUGUUUUUUUGAAUCUUACAAAGUAAUGUUUUGCUUCUUUUGUGACAGUAAGAAACAAAAAGUGCAAAAGUACAGCCCCCUCCUAGUUUUCCUUACAAUCAGAGCCCCUUUUCACCUUGUAAAGUGUGAAUCACCUCCCCCUUUUUUGUACAGAAGAUGAACUGUAUUUUGCAUUUUGUCUACUUGUAAGUGAAUGUAACAUACUGUCAAUUUUCCUCGUUUGAAUAUAGAAUUGUAACACUACACGGUGUACAUUUACAGAGCCUUGUGUAUAUUUCCAAUGAACUUUUUUGCAAGCACACUUGUAACCAUAUGUGUAUAAUUAACAAACCUGUGUAUGCUUCUGCCUGGGCGACUAUUUUUUGUAACUCUUGUGUAGAUUGUCUCUAAACAACGUGUGAUCUUUAUUUUGAAAAAUACAGAACUUUGGAAUCUG